AUGGAGAAGCACAACAUGGUGAGUGAGGGAACGCUGUCUCCUGAUGUGGCGGAGCAGAGGGCAGUGACCUAUGAUGAUGUGCAUAUCACCUUCACUAAGGAAGAGUGGGAUUUGCUGAAUCCUUCCCAGAAAAAUCUCUAUAAGGAUGUGAUGUUGGAGACCUUCAGGAGCCUAACUACUAUAGGAUACAUUUGGGAAGACCUUAACACCAAAGAACAUUGUCAAUUUUCUAGAAGAUAUGCAAGAACACAUACUGGAGAAAAACCCUAUGAAUGCAAUCAGUGUGGCAAGGCCUUUGCUCAACACAGUGGUCUUCAAAAGCAUAAAAGAAGACAUACUGGAGAGAAACCUUAUGAAUGUAAUCAGUGUGGUAAGGCCUUUGCUCAACACAGUCAUCUUCAAAUACAUAAAAGAACACAUACUGGAGUGAAACCAUAUAAAUGA